AUGACAUCUAAUCGUUCACGAUAUUAUAUGGGUCGUCGUAUUGCGACUGUCAUUUCUCAUGAAGAAGCUGGAUGGUUGUGUCGACGCGAACGUUCUGUCGAAGAGCAGCCCAAUCUUCUACUUGAUUAUCUCGAACUAGUGCCUGGUAUGGUUGUCGCUGAUAUCGGCGCUGGCCUCGGCUAUUUAAGUGUCAGAAUUGCCAGUAGAAUUACACCCAGUGGAAUUGUUUAUGCUACUGAUGUUCAACCCCAAAUGGUGCAUACAAUUGUCUAUAACGCAAAACGUCUUGGUCUUCCCAAUAUUAAGCCUGUUCUAAGUACACCAAAUAAUCUAAAUCUACCAGUGAAUUUAUUUGAUCUCAUUCUCAUGGUUGAUGUAUAUCAUGAAUGUUCAAAUCCACCUGCCAUUUUGCAUGGAAUUCGAAAAGCAUUAAAACCGAAUGGUAAAUUAGUGUUAGUUGAAUAUCGAGCCGAAGAUCCAUUAGUACCAAUAGCGAUUGAUCAUAAAAUGACUGUGGGACAGGUACGUUUAGAAUUAGAAUCAAAUGGUUUUCGAUUUAUCCGCACUUUAGAAUUUUUACCAUGGCAACAUGUUAUUGUUUUCAAGAAGAGAACGAAUUUGUCGAUGAGAAAACUGCUCCGCUGUGUUACCGACCUAAUACCAUCUAGUUAUUAA